AUCUACUAGUUUCACUCUCUUCAAAAUUUUCCAACUAAGCAGCGCUCUCUCUCUCUCUCUCUCUCUCUCUCUCUCUCGAGAACACAUAUAGUUAUGUCCCGCCACCCUGAAACCAACCCUCAUUUCGUCAGGCCACUCCAACAGCCCCGCCGCGACCGAGGCGACGGCCGCCGUUCCACCCCACCGGCGGUCAUAACUCCUCCAGUCAGUGGCCCAGCCACUCCUGCCCCGCCGCGCCACCAUAACCAGGAAAUUCCGGACCCUGGCAACCAACACUUCCCUCUCCACGUCGACGAGGAAUUACUCCCGCCGCGCAAUAAGCCAUUGGGCCCGAUCCGCCACCAGGAACGCGGACAGUUUCGCAGCCCAUGGGCCAUACCACCACAUCACCCGCAGCCGGCCCACGGCCCAGCCCAUGAUGGCAACUACCAAAGCCCAUGGAUACUCCCGCCCUCAUCAUCCCACCCGACCGACGAUCACGGCCCGCUCGUCACCGAACCCCACCGCCACGACUCCGAGCCGCCACCGCACCCGCAUCCACAACCACAGCGUCCACAGCCACAACCGCCGCCGAAACAUCCACGUCACCACCGCCAACCCCGCGACGGCCGCAAGCAUCCCCCUCCUCCGCCGCCGCCGCACGACGGCCCCGAUCCGGCCGUGGUCGGGCACCGGCGGGGACGGGGGCCCGUGGUGCCGUCGCCGCGGAAGACGAAAAUCACGACGUGGUGCGCCGCCGUGUGCUGCGCGAUCUUCUGGAUCGCCAUCUUCCUCGUCGGAUUGAUCGUCCUCAUCGUCUACCUCGUCUACCGCCCGCACAACCCGCGGUUCGAGGUCUCCGACGCGACGCUGAACGCCGCGUACCUCGACGCCGGAUCCCUGCUCAACGCCGACGUCUCGGUGCUGGCGAAUUUCACGAACCCCAAUCGGAAGGUCGCCGUCGAUUUCGGGAGCCUGAUCGUCGAUCUCUACUACGGGAGCACGCUGAUCGCGACCCAGUUCAUCCAGCCGUUCUCCGCCGACCGGGCCGGGUCGCGGUUCGUGAACCUGGAGCUGGUGACGAGCCAGGUCCGGAUCCCAUUGGAGGACAGCAAGAAGCUGGAGGAACAGAUCAACAAGAAUACGGUGACGUUCAACGUCAAGGGGGUGUUCCGGGUUCGAUCCAAGCUGGGUUCGUUUCUGAGAUACUCGUAUAAGCUCUACGGUCACUGUACAAUUGUCACGACGGGGCCUCCGAAUGGGAUAUUACGUGGGAAACGGUGCAUUACCAAGCGAUAGAAAUUUUACUUUUGGAGUAAUUUCAUGUCUAAUUGAAUCAUUAAUGACAUGACAUGGAACAUAAUCCACAGAGGAGAAGUUGUGUAGCAUCACGAAGUGAUACAAAAAUGUUUUGAUGCUUACCAAAGUGCUCAUCUGUAAACAGCGAUAUAUGUGUCAAACGAUAAACCGGAACAUGUUUAUGGCAAAAACUGAAUUCAAACUACACUGCAAUCUAGCACAAUUGGGGAGGGCUGUCCAGAAAACCCUUUGUUUUAUCUUCCCCUAAAUACAAAAUAAUAUACAGAUGCUUCAAUGUGAAUUUCAC